CCGCUAGGGUGCAAAUGCGUGUUUGCCAUGAGCUGAAUGACACGCACAGUCAUACAGUAGAAGAAAAAGACAUCAGCCGUGAAUAUCACCGACUUGUAGAAUCACAAAAAACAACAAAGCUAGAAAAUCAAUUGAGUUUUUGAAGACCAGACAUGAAGUUGUACUGUCUGUCAGGUCACCCCACUCUGCCCUGUAAUGUGCUCAAGUUUAAAUCCACCACCAUCAUGCUGGACUGUGGGCUGGACACAACAGCAGCCCUGUACUUCCUGCCACUGCCUCUGGUGCACAGUCCAAGACUAUCCAAGCUCCCAGGAUGGGUUUCCAAGGAUGGAGCCAUAAACCUGGAAAAAGAGCUGAAGGAAUGCUCAGGGCGCGUGUUUGUGGACUCACAGCCAGAAUUUUGCCUCCCUGAAAAAGAGCUGCUCGACCUCUCCACCAUAGACGUGAUCCUGAUAUCAAACUAUCACUGCAUGAUGGCGCUGCCGUAUAUCACCGAACACACGGGCUUCACGGGGACCGUAUACGCCACAGAACCCACCCUACAGAUCGGCAGGUUGCUUAUGGAGGAGUUGGUGACAUUCAUGGAGAGAGUUCCAAAGGCUCAUGCUGCCACCUGCUGGAAGAACAAAGAAAUACAAAGGCUGCUCCCAGGGCCUUUGAAGGACGCGGUGGACGUCUGGAGCUGGAGGAAGUGUUACAGCAUGCAGGAAGUCAAUUCUGCCCUCAGUAAAGUCCAGCUGGUGGGAUAUUCUCAGAAAGUGGAGUUGUUCGGAGCGGUGCAGGUCACUCCGCUGAGUUCGGGAUAUUCACUGGGAAGCUCAAACUGGAUCAUUCAGUCGCAUUAUGAGAAAGUGUCUUAUGUCUCUGGCUCCUCUCUGCUCACCACACACCCUCAGCCCAUGGAGCAGAGCUCUCUGAAGAACAGCGACGUUCUCAUCCUGACAGGCCUGACCCAAAUCCCCACCGCCAACCCCGACGGCAUGCUGGGAGAAUUCUGCAGCAACCUGGCCAUGACGAUCCGUGCCGGCGGGAACGUGCUGGUCCCGUGUUAUUCCUCGGGUGUCAUCUACGACCUGCUGGAGUGUCUGUAUCAGUUCAUGGACUCGGCUAACCUGGGAACCACCCCGUUCUACUUCAUCUCCCCCGUGGCCAACAGCUCGCUGGAGUUCUCGCAGAUCUUUGCCGAAUGGUUGUGUCAGAACAAGCAGUCUAAAGUUUAUCUGCCCGAGCCACCGUUUCCUCAUGCAGAGCUGAUUCAGACGAAUAAACUGAAGCAUUACCCCAGUAUUCAUGGAGACUUCAGCAGUGAGUUCCGGCAGCCGUGUGUGGUGUUCACGGGUCACCCGUCCCUGCGCUUCGGUGAUGUGGUGCACUUCAUGGAGCUGUGGGGAAAAUCCGGCCUCAACACCAUCAUUUUCACUGAGCCGGACUUCUCCUACCUGGACGCUCUGGCUCCGUAUCAGCCGCUGGCAAUGAAGUGUGUUUACUGCCCUAUAGACACACGACUCAACUUCCACCAGGUGUCCAAACUCCUGAAGGACAUCCAGCCUCUUCAUGUGGUGUGUCCAGAGCCGUACACGCAGCCUCCUCCGGCUCAGCCUCACCGCUCAGACCUGAUGCUGGAGCUGCAGCCGCCGCCCAUGGCCUACCGCCGCUGCUCCGUCCUGGGGCUUCCCUUCAGACGCCGCUAUGAACGCAUUCACCUGCUGCCUGAGCUUGCCAAAUCUCUUGUUCCUGCUGAGAUUAAACCCGGCGUCUCUGUCGCUACAGUGUCUGCGGUUCUGCAGUCCAAGGACAACAAGCACGUACUGCAGCCGGUGCCUAAACCUGCUCCAGUGCCGCCCAGUAAGAAGAGGAAGAGGGUGAUCGAGGAACCACCAGAGGUCCUGAACCCUAAACCUCUGCUCAGCGGGGCGGUUCCUCUGGAGCCUUUCCUGGCCACACUGCACAAGAACGGCAUCAUGGAGGUGAGGGUGGAGGAGACGGCAGACGGUCACAUUCUUCACCUGCAGGCGGAGGAUGUGCUCAUCCAGCUGGAGGAAGAUGGCACACACAUCAUCUGCGACAACAACGAGCCCCUGCGGACCGCGCUGAGAGACCUGGUGCUGCGAUUCCUGCAGAAACUAUGACCUCUGACCUCUCUGAUCCCGUCGCUGUGGAUAUUUGGCUCGCAGGGCGUUAAUGACUUGACUUGUCAAUAAAGUGGCUCAUCUGCACAUCCAGAGCCAGAAACCAGGAUCCAGAAUGACUGUAUAUGGCUGAUGAACUUCUUUUUUUGACAUGAGUGUAGACAGGUUUUAUAAUGUAUCAUCAUUAAUGUAAUGUUUGGAUGGAGACUUUUGUAACAUUGUAAAAUAACGUUGGAAUAAAACUUUUUUCUAUAUUUGUUUAAGCCUGUUUAAAACUCA